GAGAAAGAAAGAAGAAAGUGAGGGAAACUCUGAGAAAGAGAGAGCGACCUCAAGACUUCAUUAAGGUAUCAGCUGCAGGACCAUGAAGGUUGAGUUUGGAUUCUGUCCUUUGCUGAUCCUCCUGUUACUUGGAGCUGUCUGGGCUCAGAGGGUUAGGCCAAGACCCAGACCCAGUACUACUAGGAGGCCCGUCCCUCCACCUCGCGAGCCCGUGGAACCUACAGACUUCCCUCCUCCAAUUCUGGGUCCACCAUCUAUCUUCCCGGACUGUCCCAGGGAGUGCUUCUGCCCCCCUUCAUACCCCAAUGCCCUGUACUGCGAAAGCCGUAACCUCCGGCAGAUCCCUAUCAUCCCGUUUCGUGCUCAUUACCUCUACCUCCAGAACAACUACAUUGAUGAGGUCACAGUUGAGUCAUUUAAGAAUGCAACAGAGCUCAAGUGGAUCAACCUGGAUAACAAUCGCAUCCGCAGGGUAGAGCGUCAGGUAUUUGAGAAGCUCCCCAACCUGCUCUUCUUGUACAUGGAGAGAAACAACCUAAGGGAGGUUCCCAAUAAUCUUCCAGCCAACCUGGAGCAGUUGCGACUUAGCCAUAAUCAAAUCACCAAGAUUCCUGCUGGUGUCUUCAACAACAUGGAGCACCUGGCUCUACUAGACCUGCACCAUAACAAGCUGAGUGACAGUGAUCUGAGCAGAAACAUCUUCAGAGGACUUAGGAACUUGGUGCAGCUCAACCUAGCCCACAACAUCCUGAGAAAGAUGCCUAGCAAUGUACCCUCAAACAUCUAUCAGCUCUUCCUUGACAAGAACAACAUUGAGGAAAUCCCUAUGGACUAUUUCAAGGAUUUAAACAACAUAGCCUUUGUUCGGCUCAGCUACAACCAGCUGACUGACAAGGGGAUCCCCAAGAAAGUGUUCAAUGUGUCCACCCUCCUAGACCUGCACCUGGCCCACAACAAGCUGAACACGGUGCCCAUUUUCAACCCACAGCUGGAGCAACUGUACCUCAACAAUAAUGACAUUGAGGCUAUCAAUGGCACAGAACUGUGCCCAUUGCCAGUGAUGUCGAUGAACCUGUACGACGAAGGUAUCUUGCCUAAGCUAAGGUACCUGAGGCUGGAUGGGAACCACCUGAGCCCUCCAGUCCCUAUGGAUGUCAUUAUGUGUUUCAGACACCUCAAAUCUAUUGUCAUUUAGUGUUCUCCUGCCAGUACACCAUCGUGCCAUCUGCACACAGACUCCCACUUCGUCAACUGCUCUUACCAGUGGAUCCAGAAGUGGACUCCCAAACUUUUGUGCAGAGAAAAGGAGAAGAACAAGUUCAAGACAGACUUCUAUGAUACAGGGAGGAUUUUUUUUGAUUUAUACAUUAUGAAAUUACUAGCAAUCAUUUCAAGAUAGAAUUUUUUUUUUAAAUCUGUAAACUUGUCUUUCUGACACUUUUAUACAAGCACAAAUGUAUUUGCAGUUAUCAUGUUCUCUACGUUUUGCCUGUUGUAAUACCUGUAGUAAUACAUAGAAACAACGAGUGCAAAAAUAAAGGUACAUUAGCUGACAUACUGUAAACAUACAGAGUAGUUACGGUGACAGGUUGGUUGUAUAUAUUCAUGAACUAUAAAGCAAAACCAAGAAAGGACAUCUUGUAAGGAAAGAUUUGAAAAGAAGGAAUCCUUAAUGUAUUUAAGCAGAUGGGUCAAAAAUACAGAAGCACACGUGACUACUAUGUAGUUGAAAAUGUCCUCAAUGGACCUACAUUUUUAAGGUAUUAUGUAUGAAAAUGUUCCCCUCAACCUUCUUUUGUAAAAAUGAGUCCUGUACAAAUGAAAUGUAUAAUUGCAUGUUAGAAUCUGCACUUUUAAAAUGAAAUACAACAUAAAAAAUAUGAAAGGAUUUCUUUUAAAUGACAUUGGCAGCAUCUUGAAAAAAAGAAAAAAACUUGUACUCGUUUGAAUUAGUGAGUAAUUCAGGACAGCAAGGUAAGUUUUGGACAUGUAUUUGUUUCACUAAUAAACAUUAGCAUUAGAUUAGAUAUGACCUGGUAACCUGGUGGUAUGUUUUGCCUCUUACGCAGAUGGGGUAUAAGCUACGAACAAUAGCUUGAAAAACAAAUUUUUUCCAGGCCCUAUCCUGUAAGCUGGACAAGAAAAUCUAAAACACUUUCAGAAGGACAGCAAAAUUCCAAACUUCAGAAUUUUUUGUUUCUUCAUUAUAACACAUAAAAAAACACUGCUAAUUGUUUAACCUACAUCACCAGUAAUGCAGUCUAGCAAUGCAGAGACCAUAAAUGCAUAGGACACAACUUGGAAAUGUAAAAAUAAAAAAAUAACCCCCAUGAAUGGCAAAAUUUGCUUGUAUAAUUUCCAGUAAGAUACAUUAUAGAAAUUCAGAUCAGGCAGAUUAAACAGGUGUUUUUUUACACAGUGGAAAAUUAGUUUAUGACUCAGUUUUUUCAGACUGCAGCUUGUAAGACAAGAUUUGGUUGAGGUUAUUGGCGCAUAUUGUCAUAAUAUACAAAUAUACGAAUUCGUCAUGGAAAAACGUAACAGUGAAAAACUUCCAGCCAGACAUUUGUGCAAAAAAAUCCAGAUUCUGUUCAUACUGUGUACUCAGUUUUGUUUGUGUGGGUGUCUUAUUUAAAUUUUCUUGAAUUAAUGUAAAGAGGUUACAGUGAGAAUGAACUACAGCAGGUUUAUGUGACCCUGCAAUGAGCUGGUGCUGCUCUUUUCUUUUCUUGCAAAACUGGCCAGAUGUAUUUCAAAGUGACAAAAUAAAGCACACAAAGUUUUUCAUAGCAUUAAAAGGUUAAAAGCUCAUCGAGGUGGCUAAGCCAUUCUCGCACAUCAUUUAUGGUAAAAAUAUUUGUGAAGAAUAAAAAUACAUUUUUAAAAAUAUCUACCUUAUUUAUGAAACAAAUGAAAGGCACCACCUCAUUAAAAUGCAUGUCAUCAUUCUAAACUGAUUUCCAAAUGUUGACAGAAUGUUCACAAAUAACAUUUUGGACAAAUAUAUAACUGAUCAAGUAUAUUUCGUUGAAUUUUGGAAAAU